GCGCUCGCCCUGGAGCCUGCCCUGGAGUCCGCCGCGGGCGCCGCCAACUUCUUGGCCAUGGUGGACAACCUGCAGGGGGACUCUGGCCGCGGCUACUACCUGGAGAUGCUGAUCGGGACCCCCCCGCAGAAGCUACAGAUUCUCGUUGACACUGGAAGCAGUAACUUUGCCGUGGCGGGAGCCCCGCACUCCUACAUAGACACGUACUUUGACACAGAGAGGUCUAGCACAUACCGCUCCAAGGGCUUUGACGUCACUGUGAAGUACACACAAGGAAGCUGGACGGGCUUCGUUGGGGAAGACCUCGUCACCAUCCCCAAAGGCUUCAAUAGUUCUUUUCUUGUCAACAUUGCCACUAUUUUUGAAUCAGAGAAUUUCUUUUUGCCUGGGAUUAAAUGGAAUGGAAUACUUGGCCUAGCUUAUGCCACACUUGCCAAGCCAUCAAGUUCCCUGGAGACCUUCUUUGACUCCCUGGUGACACAAGCAAACAUCCCCAACGUUUUCUCCAUGCAGAUGUGUGGAGCCGGGUUGCCGGUUGCUGGAUCUGGGACCAACGGAGGUAGUCUUGUCCUGGGUGGAAUUGAACCAAGUUUGUAUAAAGGAGACAUCUGGUAUACCCCUAUUAAGGAGGAGUGGUACUACCAGAUAGAAAUUCUGAAACUGGAAAUUGGAGGCCAAAGCCUUAAUCUGGACUGCAGAGAGUAUAACGCGGACAAGGCCAUCGUGGACAGUGGUACCACGCUGCUGCGCCUGCCCCAGAAGGUGUUCGAUGCAGUGGUGGAAGCUGUGGCCCGCGCAUCUCUGAUUCCAGAAUUCUCUGAUGGCUUCUGGACUGGGUCCCAGCUGGCGUGCUGGACGAAUUCGGAAACACCUUGGUCUUACUUCCCUAAAAUCUCCAUCUACCUGAGAGACGAGAACUCCAGCAGGUCAUUCCGUAUCACAAUCCUGCCUCAGCUUUACAUUCAGCCCAUGAUGGGGGCCGGCCUGAAUUAUGAAUGUUACCGAUUCGGCAUUUCCCCUUCCACAAAUGCGCUGGUGAUCGGUGCCACGGUGAUGGAGGGCUUCUACGUCAUCUUCGACAGAGCCCGGAAGAGGGUGGGCUUCGCAGCGAGCCCCUGUGCAGAAAUUGCAGGUGCUGCAGUGUCUGAAAUUUCCGGGCCUUUCUCAACAGAGGACAUAGCCAGUAACUGUGUCCCCGCUCAGUCUUUGAGCGAACCCAUUUUGUGGAUCGUGUCCUAUGCGCUCAUGAGCGUCUGUGGAGCCAUCCUCCUUGUCUUAAUUGUCCUGCUGCUGCUGCCGUUCCGGUGUCAGCAUCGCCCCCGUGACCCUGAGGUCGUCAAUGAUGAGUCCUCUCUGGUCAGACAUCGCUGGAAAUGAAGAGCCAGGCCUGACCUCAAGCAACCAUGAACUCAGCGAUUAAGAAAAUCACAUUUCAAGGGCAGCAGUCUGGAUCGACAGCGGCACUUCCUCCCGUGCCCGCCCGUCUUCAAUCUCUGUUCUGCUCCCAGAUGCCUUUCAGAUUCACUGUCUUUUGAUUCUUGAUUUUCAAGCUUUCAAAUCUUCCCUACAUCCAAGAAAAAUAAUUAAAAAAAAAAAAAAAAAAAAAACUUCAUUCUAAACCAAAACAGAGUGGAUUGGGCUGCAGGCUCUAUGGGGUUGGUUAUACCAAACUGUCUACAUGUGCCACCAACACAAAACCAAGCCUUGGCUAGUUGUCUUCUGUCUUCAAUCUCUGGAAAAAUAAGUGCAUAUAGUUGAUAACCCCUCUUAGCUUACAGGAAGCUUUUUGUAUUAAUCACCUUUGAGGGUAUUUUGCGCCAGACCUCAACCUGGGUCAAAGUGGUACAAGAAGGUUUGCAGUAUGAUGGCAGGAGAAGCAGCCUGGGGCCUGGGGAUAUAACCAUGCUGUACCCUUCAGAUCUGGAAACAGAGCCACAGGCCCCUCUUCUGGGUUUGUGCUCUGAAUGGGAGCCAGAAUUCACUAGGAGGUCAUCAACCAAUGGUCCUCACCAGCCGCUUCUGAAGAUGGAAGGCCUUUUGCCCGCCGAGGUAGAGGGGAAGGAAAUCUCCUCUUUUGUACCCAAUACCUGUGUUGUAUUGUUGGUGCGAAAGUGAAAACACUACCUCUUUUGAGACUUUGCCCAGGGUCCUGUGCCUGGGUGGGGAUGCAGGCAGCCUUGACCACGGCUGUUUCCCUCACCCAAAAGAAUUAUCAUCCCAACAGCCAAGACCCGACAGGUGCUGAACUGUGCAUCGAUCAGGAAGAGUUCUGUCACCAAGCUGGCCACUAUCACAUAUGCUUACUCUUGCUUAAAAUUAAUAAAUCAUGUUUUGAUGAGAAAAAACUAUUCUA